AUGGAAUAUAACAAGGAAAAGGCUAAUUUAAUUCUUGAACUCAAACACAACAACAAUGGAAAAAGUUCUUUAACAACAACCGAUAGCAAAAAAAUACUUCUUCCUAACAUCAUUUCAAAAUUUCGAAAACACAAGGAACACAUAAAGUAUUCAUUAACAAUUGCGGGGAGGUCUUAUCGAAGCGCACGUAGAGGGGAGACGAUGAAAACCGGAAGCAAAUUACAAGGCACUACUAAAACAACACGCAUACGUUGA